AGAGAAAAGAAAGAGGAGGAGAGAGCAGGUAGAGAUGGUGUUUGCAGGGCUGAGCCAGCUGUUUGUGACGGUGUUUCUGUACUACUCGGCCACGCUUAUGGUGAUACCGGCGAUCACCGACGUUACAAUGUCUGCACUUUGCCCUGGAAUGGAUGAAUGCUCCAUUGCUAUCUACCUCAGUGGAUUCCAACAAGCGAUCAUUGGAUUGGGAACGCUUGUGAUGAUGCCUAUCGUUGGGAACCUGUCUGACGAAUAUGGAAGAAAAACUUUGCUCACACUUCCAAUGACUCUCACCAUUAUUCCAUUGGUGAUAUUGGCUUAUAGCAGAACGAAGUACUUCUUCUACGUCUACUACGUGCUCAGGAUUCUCACCUCCAUGCUUUGCGAAGGCAGCGUUCAAUGCCUCUCUCUUGCUUAUGUGGCAGACAACAUUCCUGAGGGUCAAAGAGCGUCGGCUUUCGGGAUUCUGUCGGGUAUAGUUUCUACUGCAUUCGUCUGCGGAACUCUAACUGCUCGUUUCCUCUCUACUGCCUUGACAUUCCAGGUCUCUGCAACAGUGGCGGUGCUUGCAGCAUUGUACAUGAAACUUUUCCUAAAGGAUUCGAUCAGCGGCAUCGAUACAGCAUCGAUGCGUACAAUCUCCAAGAAGACAAACAAUGUUGUUCAUUUUGACGGCGAUUCCUCCAGGAAGAUUCAGCUCUUUAGAAGAAUCCCGUCUGUGGACGAGAUUUUUUACUUGUUGAGGAUUAGCCCAGCAUUUUCACAAGCAGCAGUUGUUGCAUUCUUUAACAAUUUUUCUGAGGGCGCGCUUCAUUCUUCACUACUGUUCUUUUUAAAAGCCCGUUUUCACUUUAGCAAAGACCAAUUUGCGGAUUUAUUGCUGAUAGCAGGUUUUGCAGGGGCCAUCUCACAGCUUGUUCUUAUGCCCAUAUUAGCACCAUUUUUGGGAGAGGAAAAGUUGCUUAUUAUAGGGCUCUUUGCUGGUUGCACACAUAUGUUUCUUUAUGCUGUAGCAUGGUCUUCUUGGGUUCCAUAUGUUGCCUCUAUGUUCUCCAUUUUGGUUGUUUUCGCACCUCCUUGUAUAAGGAGCAUUGCUUCGAAACAAGUUGGUCCCUCUGAACAGGGGAAAGCGCAAGGGUGUCUUUCUGGCAUAUGCUCAUUUGCCAACAUUGUUUCUCCGUUAGCUUUCACUCCUCUAACAGCAUUGUUCCUUUCUGAAAAUGCACCAUUUCACUUCCCAGGCUUCAGUAUCAUGUGCAUUGGAUUUUCACUGUUGAUAGCCUGCAUACAGAGUACAAUGAUAAGGGCGACUCCUCCUAUUUCAAGCCACAAAACUACCACCAGCAACUGUGUGGAGGCCUAGUUUGCGACAAGGGAAAAUUUCUAACGUAGAACAACACCUCUGUCUGGCUUCCAUCUUGCUAUUGGGAGGCACUAUUAAAUCAUCCCAUGCCCCAGAGCCAUACUAUAUUGUUAACCUCCUUUGACUUGUAGUUCUAUACUUGACACUUGAGGCUUCAUGUUUCGAGUUCCUCAUUUACCCAUGCAGAAGCACUUAUAAGCACCCCCCCCCCACCUAUUCCCAGGAUUGUUUGGCUGCAAGAGGUUAUGCUUGUCCAGACAAUAACAGCAUUCUCCACCUAUUACAUAUAAGAGGGAGCUGAAUUUGAGGACUAAUUGCUCUUUUAGUUUGAACAAUUAUGAGAACUGAUCCCUUAGUUUACUGGAGAACCUACCAAAACUUUCACGAUGCUGUCUACUGAAUCUGGUGGAAAUUGGAUCAAGUGAUUCAUGUUUCCUUUCCAAAAGGGGCAAAGAAACAGGAAGUCAUCCGUGAUUGAGAGCUGUUAGCGAUGUAAAUCUUUUAUGUUGCAUUUGUAAUACAUAAUUUAUGAAAUGGUUUAGUUCUUCCUC